CUGUCCAACGGCGUUAUCCGUUAUCCCAGUAGACAGCUUAAAGUCCCUCGCAGAUGGCGCCAAGACUCGCACGAGGCCACGAGCACGAAAGCCAUCAGCACACUGCACACAGCAGUCAUCGAGAUGUCGUCAGCGGCAGCGGAGUAUCCGUGGCGCUCGCAGGUCUUCGGCGAAGCCGUGGCUGUGCAGCGCAGCGCGCUGGUGCUCGCUUCGUACCCGCUGUUGCUGCUCCUGGUCAUCCUGGCCGCGUUCGUCAGGUACCUGUGGAUCGCGCUCGCCAUCUACUGCGCGCUCCUGUUCGUGCUCUCGUGCGCCUCUCGUACCCUCGCCGCCGGGCCUUCUUCCGCUGAGGUGGGGCUGGUCAGCCGCGGCGGGCUGUCGGCCGCGGCCAUCGCCGCAGUCGCGCCGGCGUUCCCGUACAAGGCAGCGGCGUCCGCGCUCGGUGAGGCCGCGCAGUGUGCUGUGUGCCUCGAGGGGAUGAAAGACGGGGAGGCGGCACGGCGGCUGCCGACGUGCUCGCACGCGUUCCACGCCAGCUGCAUCGACAUGUGGCUCGACUCGCACGCGACGUGCCCGGUGUGCAGGUCCCACGUAGUGCCCCAGAAGGCCGGCAAACAACCGCCCGAGCCGCCACUACCGCCGGUUUAGUUCCGCGGGGAUUUUCCAGCCACGUUGUGCCAUGUACCGGCUGCAGGGUAGUUUCGACUUAGACAUAGCUAUGCCAUUUGCACAUUUUUGGGGUAUCUUAUGCUAUGGAAAUAACUAUGAUUGUGCAAGUACGUUUUCUACUGGUUGUAUAUAUAUAGUUAUU